UCAGAGGGGUAGCCUUGGCACCCAGGUGGCCACGACUGAGGGGCUGUGUUCAUUUAGGCUCAGCUGGGGUUGGAGGCAGGUUAAGGUAGGAGAGAAGUCAAUGAUAAAACUUAAUUCCCACUCGGAUCCCGGCUCUCCGCCGCUGCCAAGGUCCUUCCUCUUUAUAGUCCCCCCUCCGUCCUGACCUCCUCCUGCCCACCCCCUUUCGGAGCACUCACUGAAGCUGAGUGUGUGGAGAUAAGGCCGGCUUGGAGGCUGCAACUUUGGCAGACACCACCGGGCAGAUUCUGCGCCGCGGCCCGUGAGCGUGGGCGAGAUGCGGAGCAGGAGCAAUUCUGGAGUCCGCCUGGACGGAUACGCGAGGCUGGUGCAGCAAACCAUCCUGUGUUACCAGAACCCAGUCACUGGGCUGUUAUCAGCCAGCCAUGAUCAGAAGGAUGCCUGGGUACGGGACAACAUCUAUAGCAUACUGGCUGUUUGGGGCCUGGGUAUGGCCUACCGCAAGAAUGCUGACCGUGAUGAAGAUAAAGCCAAGGCCUAUGAGUUGGAACAGAAUGUGGUCAAGCUGAUGCGAGGUCUUCUCCAUUGCAUGAUGAGACAGGUGGACAAAGUGGAGAAAUUCAAGCACACUCAGAGUACCAAGGACAGUCUGCAUGCCAAGUACAACACUGCUACUUGCAGUACCGUGGUGGGUGAUGACCAGUGGGGCCACCUUCAAGUGGAUGCCACCUCCCUCUUCCUCCUGUUCCUGGCCCAGAUGACUGCCUCAGGCUUGCGUAUUAUUUUCACCCUUGACGAAGUGGCCUUCAUACAGAAUCUUGUCUUUUACAUAGAAGCUGCAUAUAAAGUUGCCGAUUAUGGAAUGUGGGAACGUGGAGAUAAGACUAAUCAGGGCAUUCCAGAACUGAAUGCAAGCUCUGUGGGAAUGGCUAAGGCAGCACUUGAGGCAAUUGAUGAACUCGAUCUUUUUGGAGCCCAUGGAGGACGCAAAUCAGUCAUCCAUGUCCUGCCUGACGAAGUUGAGCACUGCCAGUCAAUUCUUUUCUCCAUGUUGCCAAGAGCAUCAACAUCUAAAGAAAUCGAUGCUGGACUUCUUUCUAUUAUUUCUUUUCCGGCCUUUGCAGUAGAAGAUGUGAACCUAGUAAAUGUGACCAAAAAUGAAAUCAUUUCCAAGCUUCAGGGCCGUUAUGGAUGCUGUCGCUUCCUUCGGGAUGGUUAUAAAACCCCAAGAGAGGACCCACAUCGCUUGCAUUAUGACCCUGCUGAACUUAAGCUCUUCGAAAACAUUGAAUGUGAAUGGCCUGUGUUCUGGACUUACUUAAUCAUAGAUGGAAUCUUCAAUGGUGAUGCUGUUCAGGUCCAAGAAUACCGGGAAGCUCUGGAGGGAAUAUUAAUCAGAGGCAAAGAUGGGAUUCACUUGGUGCCAGAACUCUAUGCCAUCCCACCGGACAAGGUGGAUGAAGAGUACAAGAACCCACACACGGUAGACCGAAUUCCACUGGGAAAACUACCCCAUCUUUGGGGACAGUCCUUGUACAUUCUCAGCUCCCUGCUGGCGGAGGGAUUCCUUGCCCCUGGUGAAAUUGAUCCCUUAAACAGAAGAUUUUCUACUUCAGUCAAACCUGAUGUUGUAGUACAAGUCGCUGUUUUGGCAGAAAACAGUCACAUUAAGAGGCUGUUUCGGCAACAUGGAGUAAAUGUCCAGAGCAUUGCUGAUGUGCAUCCAAUUCGAGUCCAGCCAGGCCGAAUUCUUAGUCACAUAUAUGCCAAACUUGGACGAAAUAAGAAUAUGAAGUUGAGUGGUCGACCAUAUCGGCACAUUGGUGUCCUUGGUACCUCUAAACUCUAUGUCAUUAGGAACCAGAUCUUCACUUUUACACCCCAGUUCACUGACCAGCAUCACUUCUACCUGGCCCUGGACAAUGAGAUGAUUGUGGAGAUGCUGAGGAUCGAGCUGGCCUAUCUGUGUACCUGCUGGCGGAUGACCGGCCGCCCCACACUCACCUUUCCUGUCACGCACACCAUGCUCACCAAUGAUGGAUCAGACAUUCAUCCUGCAGUUCUUUCUACAAUUAGGAAACUAGAAGAUGGAUAUUUUGGAGGUGCUAGGGUAAAACUAGGAAACCUGGCAGAGUUCCUCACUACCUCAUUCUACACAUACCUGACCUUCCUGGAUCCAGACUGUGAUGAGAAGUUGUUUGAUGACAUCAGUGAUAGGAGCUUUAGUCCUGACAGUGAGUCAGACCUGGGAGGAUACCUGGAAGACAGCAGUCAUCCAGAAAGCCAAGAUGAACUUGACCAGUAUAUCAGCCACCUUCUUCAAAGCACAUCCUUGAAGUGUUACCUGCCCCCUCUUUGUAAGAAGUCGGAAGACAGCCAUGUUUUCAGUGCUAUCCACUCCACUCGGGACAUACUUUCUGUGAUGGCCAAAGCAAAGGGUUUGGAAACUCCAUUUUUUCCAAUGGUUUUGCCAACUAAAGUUCUAAGUGGACAUCGUAAGUCACUGAAUCUUGUUGACUCCUCUCAGACACUCCUAAAGAAGACUCCUGAAUAUGACUACCAUUGGCCCAGAGAUGACCAUGGUGAAAUGGACUGCGAGAAGCUAGUUGGAAAACUGAAAGACUGCUCAAACCUACAGGACCAAGCAGACAUUCUUUACAUUCUUUAUGUAAUAAAGGGUCCCAGCUGGGAUACCAAUCUGUUUGGACAGCACGGAGUCACUGUUCACAGUCUUCUCAGUGAGCUCUAUGGAAAGGCUGGCCUGAACCAAGAAUGGAGUUUGAUCCGCUACAUUUCAGGCCUGCUCAGGAAGAAAGUGGAGGUCCUGGCUGAGGCCUGUGCAGAUCUGCUGUCCCACCAGAAGCAGCUUACAGUGGGCCUGCCCCCUGAGCCCCGGGAGAAGACCAUCUCCACGCCUCUUCCCCCAGAGGAGCUCACAAAACUCAUCUACGAGGCCAGUGGACAGGACAUCAGCAUUGCUGUUCUCACACAGGAGAUCGUGGUUUACCUGGCCAUGUAUGUCCGGGCCCAGCCUAGCCUCUUUGCAGAGAUGCUCAGACUCCGGAUUGGAUUGAUCAUCCAGGUGAUGGCUACAGAGUUGGCACGGAGCCUGAACUGCUCAGGAGAAGAAGCUUCGGAGAGUCUGAUGAACCUCAGCCCCUUCGACAUGAAGAACCUCCUGCAUCAUAUUCUGAGUGGGAAGGAGUUUGGUGUGGAGAGAAGCGUGCGCCCAAUUCACUCUUCUACAUCCAGCCCUGCCAUCUCCAUCCAUGAGGUGGGUCAUACUGGAGUCACCAAAACUGAGAGGAGUGGUAUCACCAGACUGAGGAGUGAGAUGAAACAGAUGACUAGGCGAGCUAGUGCUGAUGAGCAGUUCUUUCCUGUGGGCCAGGCUGUGUCCAACAGUUUGCAUUCCUUCAAGUCUGCGAGGUCCAGCACCCCAUCGUCCCCAACAGGCACAUCAUCUACAGACUCUGGAGGACACCACAUGGGCUGGGGGGAGCAGCAGGGACAGUGGCUGCGCAGGAGAAGGCUGGAUGGGGCCAUCAACAGGGUCCCUGUAGGAUUCUACCAGAGAGUGUGGAAGAUCCUUCAGAAGUGCCAUGGUCUGUCCAUUGAUGGUUAUGUCCUUCCAUCCUCAACAACCCAAGAGAUGACCGCAUGUGAGAUCAAGUUUGCUGUCCAUGUGGAGUCAGUGCUCAACCGUGUGUCCCAGCCCGAGUAUCGACAGCUGCUGGUGGAAGCCAUCAUGGUACUGACACUGCUCUCGGAUACAGAGAUGGACAGAAUCGGGGGCAUCAUCCAUGUAGACCAGAUUGUACAGCUGGCCAAUCAGCUGUUUUUACAGGACCAGGUGUCAUUUGGAGCCACAGACAUCCUGGAAAAAGACCAAGCCACAGGAAUUUGUCAUUUCUUUUAUGACAGUGCUCCUAGUGGGGCUUAUGGUACAAUGACCUACCUAACAAAAGCAGUGGCUUCUCAUUUGCAGGAAUUUCUGCCCAGUUCAGGCUGCCAGAUGCAAUAAGGCCUAACCCAUAAACAUGGUCACCCUCUGAAUCUGUCACUUGUCCCGUAGCCUCAUUGGGAAUUUUCAUCUGCCUUUCCCCAAUGCAUACCCCAUCAGAAGGCUUCACGGGGAGAUGACAGCACUCUAGCUGGAAGCAAUGUGUGUUUAAGCCACAGAUAAAACUGAUGAAUCCCCCUCUCCCCUGAGAAGCACCCUGGGAUCAUUUUCUAGGUUCAUUUCACUGGAACAUUUGUCACAGCAUCUGGUCUCAUGGACUCCGAAAAGGAACUGGAAAUUGGUCUCUUCUGAGUGCAGAGUGAACUGAGAAGCCAGCUUAAAUUGGCUCUCACCAAGAGUUACAGAAAUAGGUUCGAUGAGCUAGUGACACAUCUUGAAGGUGGAAAGAUUCUUCCAGCAACAAUAGCUAGACAAGCAGACCUUGACAAAGGAACAUCUUUACAGAAUGCAGUCUGUCUGGGAACCAAACUGUUUACCAAAUAUAAUAAUUCUGUUUUUUUUUAAUUUUGCCUAACCUCUCACUCUGUUCAGGGCCUGUAAUUCCUCAUUGCCCAAAUGAACUAAAUUGAUUGGCCCUAAUUAAUGUUAGCUCAUAGUCUUCAGAGGACCUUGUCCUGGCUGUCCACAAAUUACAGGAAUCUCCUCCCAAGUUAGGAAAAUCCCUUGUCUUUUGAAUCCAGGAAAAAAAACAACCAAAAAGGAAGGUGAGGUUCUGAUUCUUCUGAUAGCCAGACUGUUGUUUUAGGAUUAGAACAGGCAGGCGUCCCGUGGAAGGAAAGGCCUGUGUGUAUCCCUGCACCCAGAGAGCACUGUCGUGCGUGCUCCGAGCAUGAGUCAGCAUUUGCCAUGGAAAUUAGUGGUGUGUUCCUGUAGAAACAAUGCUCCCUUAAAAAUAGCCUGGGAGCCCGAACCCUUUUGGGCACUAUGGCAGAGAAGGCAGAGUCCUAACAAGGUCUGGCAAAUCUUUUGCCACUGUCCCGGUGAAUGGAGUUUCUUUUUAAGUCUGGUCUUCCCCAUGUUGGGAUAGGAAUAAACAACUGAAAGAAUAGUGUUACGAUAAAUGUUACAAUAAAUCUUUCUGCCAAACGCC